AUGGGUAACAAGCAGAACAAGGCGACGCCGAGUCCUAUGCUGAAGGUGGAGUCCCGCGCCCUGUCCUGCUCCGACGAACAGGAGCGCCCCCGCAAGGGCAUCCCGCGGCGCAUCGGCAACGUCCUCCUCACGCGAUGGAUCGAACUCAAACGCCGUGAGAAAGCCGUGUUGGAGAAGGCUCGCCAGGCCGUGACCAACGGCCACGCCCCGCCGUCCAUCCUCGAGGAGUUCGAGCAGGAGCUGAAGGAGGAGGAGGGCCAGCACCGCAUCAAGUACCACCCGCGGCUCCUGGCCAAUAUCCUCGUGAAGAAAGUAAAUCCGCGGCCGAGGACUCGAACCAGGCUGCGGGUGCCCAAGCUGACGACGACGGCGGCGCGCAGGAUACACCAGUCCUUCCUGAGGCGGGACCGGGAGAGGCAGAGGGAGGAGCAGGAGAGGAGGGAAACCUUGGAGAGCAGGCAGACGCGAUCCCGAGUCAAUCUGAGGCAGCAGGCGUGGACGGACACCCUACCGCGCAAAGCCAUGUCUUCGGCGACCUCCCGCGCGACGCAGACGAUCUCGCAGCCCAUGCCCCUCAGCAGGGACAUAAGCCUGCGCUCCUUCCGGACGGGAGAGUCCUCCGGGAUUGGCAUGUCUCGCGCCUCUUCCAUGACCUCUAUAGCGAGCUCGAGGCCAAGGGUGCUUUACACGCGGGAGAGGGGCCACUCCCUUCCCGAGGGUGAUGGGAGCAGAGACGACCAGCAGGAGCGAAGUAGCAGAUACGAGGAGGCCAUCACCAGGAGCAGGUCGUCGCAAAGCAGGCGAGAGAGGAUAGUGGCGCAGAGGCGAAACCUCCGCAAGCAGAAACUGCAUGCCUCGACCCCGCACCUGCAACGAGGCGAGUCAAAGGAAGAGCGUCCUCGAGGAAGCCUGGACUCCUCGCGUCUCCUUCAAGACCAAGGGUCGUCGAGGAGGAGGACCGGCUCGGAAUCCUCCAAAAACGCAAGGCUUCAGCAAGACAAAGCAAGCGAGGCGGAAGAAACAGCGCACCGGCGACGUGCAUCGUCCCAGCAGCCAGCAUCGGAGGAGAAUGAACAGGCAUCAGCAAGGCGGGGACGAACGCACCAGGAAAGCUUGCAAAACCAGGAAAGCGCAGAAGAGGAACAGAAAAAUCUAGCGUUUCCCAAGCUGAAGGCCAUGAGUUACCAAGCCUACUGGAGGAAGAGAGCCAUGGCGAACCGGGCGCUGAACAAGGGCAAAAAUGACACAGCGAAAUUCCGCUUGCCGAAAGGAAGCCUUUCGAAACCACACGAGAGCGAACUGGACCGAACUUCUUCCUCAGAAUCCAAUGACAACAGCAAGAAAAGUGCACGAAUACGCGGAAAACGAGAGCAAACAUCGACGCAGAAGUCAAGCGCAGGAACGUCAUCGAGUAGUCAGUGGCAGGACGCGCUCAGCACGAGGAGGGACAGCGUGUCUUCGGAAAAGCGUCCGCCAUACUCCUUCUGCCAGCGAAGAAGGCGAUUCCGAGACGUGGCGGAGGAAUUCCUUCAGGCAGGGAGAGGAGCUCGGAAUUCCCGGACUGCCGAGAUAAAAGAGCUGCCAAAUAUCAACCAACAAAUAAAAGGGGUUCGAAAUGCAAGCCAACAAAAGGACAAUCAGAAGGAUCUCGAAAAGACAAGAGGAGCUGCUUCUUCCAGUAACAGUCGAGAGCAUACGACGAAGCACAAAUACGUUCAGAGCGCCGGUGAAGUGCUUUCGGGGAAGACUGCGUCCAAUGCAAAACCAGAUCAAAAACAUCAACAAACCCAUUAUUUCCAGUCAGAUCAACGAAAGGAAACCGACCUCAAAGACGAAAACGUUGCCUCCGAACAAGGGCAGCCUCGUAACACAUCCCACCCAAGGGAAGUUCCAGGAGACUACCCUCCCUCGGACGCCCAGCCCGGGACCUCUAGGGACGCCGCGACUUACUCGGUCAGGGUGGGAAGCGUCAGGCAUUCUCAGGAUCAAAUAUCCAGAGAAAAUGCGCGACAGAGUGGAAACUACCGCGAGAAAAGUCAAGGACCCUCUCGCCAGAUCGCGAAUGAAAGCAUCCCUAUCGAAGAAUCCCAUAAUGAGCAUGCAGGACAGUCCUCCUACCAAGGCGAUGUGCAUGGGGGGCAGUCCCAUACUCAAGGGCCUGCCAGACAAGCCAUUGAUCGUGAUCAUGUACACGUUGAACCAGUCAUUAAUGAUAAUCAUGCGAGUCCCCGCCUGUCCCUCAGCCAAGAUCGCAGACUCAUAAAAUAUUCCGGUGGUCAUGAUCAAAAUCAUGAGCAUAUUGGUAAUCACCGUAACUAUGAAUACAGCAAUAAACAAACGGGGCAAGUCCGAGGCCACGAAAGAGACGGAGGAUACAAUGCACAUCCUCCCGACCAUGAACAUGACCCAAAACCGUUCGGUGAUUCUACCGUCUAUGAAUUAUCACAGACAGGUAAUGCCGUUCACAACGAGCACCCGAUGCAGCAUGGCAGAAUAAGACCGAUCGUCGACCACGGGCGCAUGAUCCAGUCUCAGCAAGGCAGUCGAAAUGUUCAACUGUUCUCGCAGUCUCGCAGUGAACAAGUGCCAGGAGGACGCCAGGACCAAGGGCCGAACCAACAGCAUUUAGUGCAAGAAUACAUCUCGGCCCCAGAAGUACGAGGACCUCAGCCCGUCCCGCUGGAGUACGGCCACCCUGAGCGGAUACUCGAUUACAGGCCCGUCCGAAGAGUGGACGGCUACAGGACGGAGCCAGCGCCGGGGGAACGAGGGCCCGUGGCGGUGUACGAGGCGCGGAUGUUCCAGCCUCUGCAGCAGGGGUUCCUGGAGGUGAGCGAUGGAUCUGGAGCUCGGAGGUGGAGGAGAGUGAGCGUGGUGGAUGUGUGGGAGCUCGGGGAAUGGGAGCGUGUCAGGAGGGCGGAGGAGGGCCUGCUCAGGUCACGCUCCUCCUCAAUGCCUGUUCCUCGAGCUUUAUGA